AUGGUAGAUUCCCCUGACGAUAAGUCUGGAAUUCGCGUCAAGAAGGACACUUCGACCGCCAUCCUCGAGCGCAAGAAGUCCCCAAAUCGCCUUGUUGUCGACGAAGCUGUGAACGAUGACAACAGCGUCGUGGCGCUCAACCUCCAGAAGAUGGAUGAACUGCAGCUCUUUCGCGGGGAUACGGUGCUGAUCAAGGGCAAAAAGCGCAAAGACACCGUUUGCAUAGUACUCGCAGAUGAAUUUUGCGAGGAGGGCAAAAUUCGUAUGAAUAAAGUUGUUCGCAAAAAUCUACGUGUUCGUCUGGGAGAUGUCGUGUCUAUCCACCAGUGCACCGACGUGAAAUACGGACAACGGAUUCACGUUUUGCCUUUCAGUGAUACAAUCGAAGGAGUCAGUGGGAAUUUAUUUGACGUGUACUUAAAGCCCUAUUUUCUUGAGGCCUACCGCCCGGUUCGAAAAGGGGAUACGUUUCUUGCUAGAGGAGGCAUGCGGGGCGUAGAGUUCAAGGUUGUCGAAACAGACCCGGCUGAGUAUUGCAUCGUUGCCCCGGAUACUGAAAUAUUCUGUGAAGGUGAGCCAAUCAACAGAGAAGAUGAGGAGCGACUCGACGAAGUUGGUUAUGAUGAUGUCGGCGGUGUGCGAAAGCAGAUGGCACAGAUUCGAGAGCUCGUGGAGUUACCUUUACGCCACCCUACUCUCUUUAAAACAAUUGGUGUCAAACCGCCAAAAGGCAUCCUUCUUUACGGACCUCCUGGAUCAGGAAAAACUCUCAUCGCGCGAGCGGUCGCAAAUGAAACUGGUGCAUUCUUCUUUCUCAUCAACGGGCCAGAGAUCAUGUCUAAACUUGCUGGUGAAUCCGAGUCAAACCUUCGCAAAGCUUUUGAGGAAGCUGAGAAGAACGCGCCGGCGAUCAUUUUCAUAGACGAGAUCGAUUCCAUUGCACCGAAGCGUGAGAAAACACAGGGGGAAGUUGAACGAAGAAUCGUUUCGCAACUGCUUACUUUGAUGGAUGGCAUGAAGUCACGAGCCCAUAUCAUCGUCAUGGGCGCAACUAACCGGCCCAAUUCUGUUGAUCCAGCACUGAGGCGUUUCGGUCGCUUCGACCGGGAAAUUGAUAUUGGCGUUCCUGAUGAAACAGGCCGUCUCGAAGUGCUGCGCAUCCACACGAAAAACAUGAAGCUCGAUGAAGAAGUUGACCUUGAGAAAGUUUCGAAAGAGACGCAUGGUUAUGUUGGCGCUGACCUCGCUGCACUUUGUACAGAAGCUGCGCUUCAGUGUAUUCGAGAAAAGAUGGAUGUCAUUGAUCUUGAGGAUGAAACGAUUGAUGCCGAGGUAUUAGACACAAUGGCAGUGACAAACGAUCACUUCGUGACUGCUCUCGGAACUUCGAAUCCAUCCGCGUUGCGAGAGACCGUUGUCGAAGUCCCGAAUGUUUCCUGGGAAGACAUCGGUGGACUUGAAACCGUCAAGCAAGAACUUCAAGAAACCGUGCAGUACCCUGUUGAGCAUCCUGAAAAGUUUGAAAAGUUCGGCAUGGCGCCAUCUAAGGGCGUGUUGUUCUAUGGACCGCCAGGAUGCGGCAAAACAUUGCUUGCAAAAGCGAUUGCAAAUGAGUGUCAGGCAAACUUCAUAUCUGUCAAAGGCCCUGAGCUCCUUACCAUGUGGUUCGGUGAAUCAGAAGCAAAUGUGAGGGAGAUUUUCGACAAAGCUCGUCAGUCCGCUCCAUGCGUGCUUUUUUUCGAUGAAUUGGAUUCGAUUGCCAAUCAGAGAGGAUCCAGUUCUGGCGACGCUGGAGGCGCAGCUGAUCGCGUCUUGAAUCAACUUCUCACCGAGAUGGAUGGUAUGGGUUCAAAGAAAACGGUGUUUAUCAUCGGAGCCACCAAUCGUCCAGACAUUAUUGACUCUGCUUUGAUGCGUCCUGGCCGCCUUGAUCAACUUAUAUACAUCCCCCUACCCGACGAAAAGUCUCGACUUUCUAUAUUCAGGGCAAACUUGCGCAAGUCGCCUCUCGCACCUGACGUUGACGUGACCACCCUCGCGCGUUUUACGAAUGGUUUUUCAGGAGCAGACAUCACAGAAAUAUGUCAACGUGCGUGCAAAUUCGCCAUUCGCGAGAGCAUUCAGCGUGACAUAGAGCGAGAACAGGCUUCGUCGAUCGAUCCUGACGCGAUGGACAAUGAUUCCACUUAUAUCGACCCUGUGCCCGAGAUAACCAAGGCCCACUUCGAGGAGGCAAUGAAAUUUGCGCGGCGCUCUGUCAGUGAUGCUGACAUCAGGAAGUAUCAGGCAUUCUCACAAACCCUGCAGCAGUCCCGUGGCUUUGGCAAUGACUUCCGCUUUCCAGAUGGAAACAACAGAAGCAACGGUGGCGGAGGAGGAGAUGGUACUGCUGAUCACUUCGGCGCAGGCGACUCUCAACUCUUUACUUCAGGAGAAGCACAAGACGAUGAUGACCUGUACAGUUAG